UAGCAAGGAAAUUAAUGGAGACCAGUAACAGGUGCAGCAAGCCGUGUGCGCACUGAUUCAUAAUAAUGAUCAGCUGAGUGCACGCUGCAAGAAUGAAAAGCAGGGAGAGGGAGAAAUAAAGAGAAAGAUCAAGCCAGUGGCCUGACAGGAUGUCCAAAGAUAAAUCUUUGUCUUAACAUACAGUCUUGUCAGUGAAGAGAGUGUUUACUAAAAGUCUAAUUUGAUGACCAAUUAAAUGUUUACCAUUGCACCCAAAUUAAAUAAAUUUGCUUUCAUCACUAAAGUGAACUUUCAACUGGUUCUUUGUCCACACAAUAUGGUAAAUUCAGUAUUUUGAUUCAUUCUGCUUGUUAUGAUUACCAGCGAUCUGCAAGAGAACACUCCCUGUCAUUCCCCCGCACUACAUAUCCCAUCAUGCCCGGCUUUUGCGCACCAGUUUCAGGUCUCUUCCUGAUUACACACACAGCUAAAGCUGAUCAGGACUGAUUCAUGGACUAUAUAUUAAUUUAGUCACUGAAACUGCAGGUUUGCAUAGACAAAGUGUGACGAGCUGAAAGCGGUCACUUAAUGUCCACAUGGGGGCGAUGUAUUUUAAAAAACGCCUCUCUAUCGUGGGAGAUGGAUAAAGGAAGGAAGUGUUUGUUUGCCAGGAAGUGAACAUGCGGAGCUUCGGCUAGGAGCUCAGGCAAUGAUGGCUCGGGCUGAAAUGAAUCGUCUGGCUGAGAGACAAUGUGUUUGUUUGGUUAACUACUGUAAUCUUCGGACUGGUCAGCCCGCCCGCUGUGGCAAUUUACAGACCUCGGUGCUCAUUCGGCCUUUGGCUCCUCAUUCCCACCCUGCUCCAGCCUGUUCAGAUCCUCCAACUGCAGCGAUACUUCGACACACAGAUUCUCGUGCUGCUCCAUAGCUCCGGCGAGUACAGGCAAUGCCACCACAACGCUCAUGAUUUCCACAGUCCUAGUGACCAGCAGUCAUCCACCAGCUCCUAAGCUAUCUGCCGCCAGCUCACCAGUCUCCAAGAUGGCCGCUGCCAGUCUGUCAACACUAACAAAUGGUGAUCAUCGUCUGUAUGCCAGUUCUCAAGAUUGCCGCCGACAAUCUACAGUCAGCUCACAAUAUGGCUGCCUGUCCUGAGUCACUCCCUCUCAUGGUUUCUGAUCCAAACUGCCAGGAAUCAUCAUCACCUGAGCUCCAUGGCUACCAGAACCACCACCACCGCAAGAGCUAACGCUGUAGAAAUGCCACCAUGUGAGCGCCUGAACUGCCAGUUGCCACCAUCAGAGCUAUCGGUGCCACCUGCUCCAGAGUUACUGUCAACAGAACCGCUCACAAAGCCUCAACCACAGCCAGAGCCACUCCAGCAAAACCGUCAGAGUCUGUGGUGCUAGAGCUGGCAGAUCUGCUGCCGCCAUAGCCAAACCUUCCAGAGCCACGUAUGGCACCAUCUGAGCUCCAAGAAUCUCUGCCAAAGCCAACUAAUCUUUCAGAACCACUCAACCUGCCUGACUUCCAGAGCUGACAAAAAAAAAUGACCAUUUUUGGAUGUCUCUUAAAGGAGCCGAACCCCAUUUUGGGUGACUGUGAAAAUCGUGCUCGCUGUGAUGUGAAAAUUGGCCUGAAGCCCGGCCCCAGGGGCAUAAAAAAGUCGAGCCGGACUCAAAUGCAGGGAGGGAUUUACGGGAAAAAUUCAUCCUAAGAUGUUUAGUCUACAGGUGAAAAGUUAUUUCUGUGUGUGUGUGUGUGUGUGUGUGUGUGUGUGUGAGUGAGUGUUAUGCAGUCACAACUGUUUGUAAUCAGCUGGAAUGUUUGGCUCCUUUGCUUGAGCGUUCAUAAUGCCGCAGAGAGUUUUUGCUAUCCAGUUCAACAUGUGUGCAGCAUAAAAUGUGAAGUUGUGACUUUGAAGAGUGAAUAAGAAGGAAGUGUUACUUUCUGUACGUUAGUGCAUGUGUGGUGUGUACCUUCAGACUGGGGCUCUGUGGUUAAUAAAGGGUGUCAAUCAACUGGUCACACUUAAAGAUCACGUCUAUGUUUCUGUUUUCGACAAGGAACUUACUAAACACACGCACACACACACAAUACAUUUUAAAGAAUUCGGUAUAACCACAGCCUAAAAAUAGGACUAAUUAUAUGGAAAUCAGUAGCUGCCACUAACAUUCUUCGUAAUAUCUUUGGCGUUCAACAGAAGAAAAGAUUCAUAACGCUUUGAAUUACGAACCUCUUCAGUGUUUCAAAUUUUCCAGUCUGUCUCUCAUUUGUCCAGCCCGUAACAUCCCCCUCCCCCUCAAGCUCUUUUUGUUUUUUUAAUCGUGUGAUUCGCUGGAAAUACUGAGCUGACGUGUGGUCUUUUCUGAUUGGUUAACGCACACCUUGUACAGCAUAAGUACAGUUAAGGAAUAGGCUGUAGGAAACAUUUCCAAGACCCCCGCGCGUCUUCAACACCCACCAGGAAACUCCAUUUGCCGUCUGGAUUCAAGAUUUCCUCAGAAGAUCGAAAAUCUGAGCAGCAGAUUCAUCUUUAUCUGAAAGGCCUUAACAAACCUGUUGAUAAGAUCGAAAAUCUGAGCAGCAGAUUCAUCUUUAUCUAAAAGGCCUUAACAAACCUGUUGAUAAGAUCGAAAAUCUGAGCAGCAGAUUCAUCUUUAUCUGAAAGGCCUUAACAAACCUGUUGAUAAAGAAUGGAGCGUAUGAACAUCUCUCUCGUUUUGCUCCUCGUCUUCUGCUCAUCGAGUGCUGGGAAAACCUUCUGGACUUAUCUAGGAACACGCUGUGUUGAAGACUGCAAGGUCUACUGGGGCGAGUACAAGUGCAAGACUAUUGAUAAAGAUGGACAGUCCCAGCUAAUGUACUGUUCACCUAAAGAAAACACGGACUAUUGGGGCAGGCAGUGCGAAGGGUGCGAGAAGCAUGGAUAUGACUACUAUUGGUGCAAUGUUGGUUUAUUUCAGUGGGGAUAUUGUGGAUUGGUAAGUAUUGACAACAAACAUCAGGGGUCUCAAACAGGCGCCCUCUGUUCCAGUGAGUGUAGACAAAGUAGUAAAGGCUACUAUUAUUGUGUGGUCGAAGAUGAGUUGGAAUUCUGUUCACCUAAUGAAAACACAGAUUACAAGAACAGACAGUGUAAAGAAGACAGCCCAUGUGGAAAGCACAAUAAUGACUACAAGUGGUGUGCAGUGGAGGGUGGCUGGGGUUACUGUGGGCUCACGGAGCCAAAGAUGUUCCACCACCGGACUCAUAAAAAUGAUGUUUGCAUUAACGAAUGUCGGUAUUCUAAGAAGAACAAUUAUUACUGGUGCGACACUGUCAAUAGCUGGGAAUUCUGCUCUCCAGAGGUGGGUGUAACUGUUAGAGGCAUACCCUGUCACGCAGAUCACCCCUGUGGCUUACAUGGCAAAAGUUACCACUGGUGCUGGAACUCAGAGAACAAACGUGAUUACUGUGGGUUCAUUGAACCUGCAGAGUGCUCCUACGUCACUGAUACACAUCUCAGCAGCAGAACCCCUGAAAACAACCUCAAGGACAUUGUGACAUGCAAAACGUCAAAGAGGGUGACAACCACUAUUUCUGCUGAGCCAGCUUCUAGGGACAUUGCUGAUGGACGUCGGUUUAGACAAGAGGUGGAAUCCUUAAUCAAUCAAUGGCACAAUGGGUAUCUGGUGGAUGAGGCCCGGUCUAAUCUGAUACACUCUCCCAUUGUUCGUAUUGAUUUAAAGAGUCCCGUAAACCUCAACAAUCGACGAUACUACAACCUACAGGUCCUGCUGAAUACGUCACGGAAGGCUUACGCAGGCACCAUCAUUUCCCAGGUCCUUGUGCCUCGGGGAGCCCCAGCCCGUUACAUUCGCAAAGCCUUUCUGGAGAGCCUCAAGUUGCGAGCUCGGGUUCAUAUUGAUGUUUACAAAAAUCAGGUUUAGAUCCAUGAGGUUGACCUUCAGCUUUAAUGUUCUCUGCUGAUGGAAUGCCUAACUGUUCUUAAGUAAUGUAAAAGUAUGUUUUAGGCAUACUUGAUGUGUUAACAGCAAUGUACUAAUAGUAUACUUGAAAGUGUUGAGACUAAAUUGGCUCAUUUUUAGUAAUAAAAGAAUGUUUUCAGUGUACUAUAAGUGUAACAGUAGUAGUAGUAGUAGCAACUAGUCUACAAUGACAUUUUUCAUUUGUACUUCCAGUGAACUCAUGAGCAUACUAGUGGUAUACUUCUGUAAUAACUGUGAAUAAAGUAUUUGAGCAAAUAACUA